UCGUAUCAUAAAAUACUCACGUGUACCCAACGAAGCAACGAUAAAAAUACUGAAGGCGGAUAGCAGGAAGGAGCCAUCAGCAUAGCUGGUGGGCGUUGGACUAGGAUCUAACUAAAAUCCCCUCCUCUCCGGUCAAAGUCUCCGGAGUCCCCAACCAUUCUCCUAUCCAGCGGGCUCAAGCUCUCCGUUGCCACAAAUUUUGGCCUUUUUUCCCAAGCAAAAUAGUUGUCGAUCCUAAGUUUCACUGUGUAGGUGCGGCCGUGGAGGUGCAGAUCUAGGACUUGGAGCUCUCUAGUUCAGCCAUCGGUACGUGGAAGAAGAAUUAAUGUAAAAUAAUGAAGAAAAAAGAGAGUGGAUAGGGCACGCGAGGAGGAUCGCUGCGAUCGAGCGCACUAAAUUUCGAAGGGGCAUACAAAGAUGGCAGAAGCUGUGGUGUUUGCUCUUGCAAAGAUAAGCGUAUCCUUGGCAGGGUCUGCCAUUUCCGGUCUGAGGGAACAUGCUUCUAUAAUCAAGGAACUUCCAGGGAAGGUGCGGCGAAUAGAAGCACAACUGUCAAUAAUAAACGGCGCCCUCCAGCAGCAAGAUUCAGCCUACCUCAGCGACCACGCCUACAUGAAAUGGAUCGCCUACAUCAGGACCUUGGCCUACCAGGUUGAGGAUAUCAUGGAUACAUACUCACACCAUGCUCAUCAGCUGGAGAACAGAGGGUUCAUGUGGAAGCUGACCCAAGAAUACCUCGGGCCUUUCAGAAGCAUCUCUGCAGAGAUCACCAAGAUAGAGGAGAAUCUCAAGCAUGCCACAGAGCUGAAACAAGCAUGGCUGGAAAACUACGGCCACCAUGGCCAACAGAUAAUGGAAGCUGAGCUUUCCCAGGACUACAUCCCUGCCGAGCCCAGCUGGGACCAAGAUUUUGUCGGGAUGGACGGCAACACAACACUGGUGACUGAAUGGCUGCGCUCUGCUAGCGAUUCAGAAAGCACGUUCAUGACAUUGCUGGGCGCGGGAGGUCUGGGAAACACCACCCUAGCCAUGGACGUGUACAAGCGCGAGAAGGACAGGUUCCGUGUCCACAGUUUCAUAGCUGUGGAGAGGGACUGCACCAUGGAUGCCUUGAUGAGGAAGAUACUGUUGGAGAUUGGGAGCAGCAUGAAGCAGCCGCCCUCGGAAAGCGUCGACAGUAUCCCCGCCAACCAACUGAAGGAAGAAGCGAGGAGAAGGAUCAGCAAGCUCAGAGACGGAAGGUGCUUGAUUGUCUUGGACAACGUCCGGGACCCGAGAAUUUACUUUGAGAUGCGUGAUGUGAUGAGCAAUCUGCCAGGAGUUCGCAUCAUCUUGACGACGAGGAAGACACAGGUCGCAGCCGCUCGUGAUCCCUCGUCGUCACGUUUCCUGCAACUCCAGCCGUUGGACCACAUCGACGCGCUACGUCUGUUCUGCAGGAAGGCCUUUUUCAAGACGAACGACAGCAAGUGCCCCCCGAAUGUCGAGGUUUUCGCUACUUCUUUAGUGAAUAUGUGCAAGGGCCUGCCCCUAGCGAUCGUAGCUAUGGGAGGCAUGAUGUCGUUGAAGCCACCAGUGGAGCAGAUAUGGAACCAGGCAUGCGUUCGUCUCCAGAAAGAGCUGGAGAGGAACGCGGAUCACGUGCAGGCCGUCCUGAACCUGAGCUACCAUGACAUGCCGGGACACCUCAGGAACUGCUUGCUGUACUGCAGCAUGUUCCCCGAAGACUACCACAUGUCACGGGAGAGCCUCGUGCGGCUGUGGAUCGCGGAAGGCUCCGUGCUGGCAGCCAACAGCCCGACGCCGGAGACCACCGCGGAGGCAUACUUCAUGGAGCUGGUCCGCCGCAACAUGCUGCAGGUAGUGGACAACGACGUGGUUGGCAGGGUGAGUACCUGCAAGAUGCACGACAUCGUGCGCAAGAUGGUCCUCGUGGUUGCCAAAGAGGAGAGGUUCGCUUCUGCCACCGAUUACAGCACAGUGUCGCACACCGGUAAGGACGUUCGUCACCUGGCAUUGCAUGGGUGGAAGGACACGAACACACCACCAGUCAAGUUCCCUCGUCUUCGACGUCUAGUGGCACUCGGAGCGAACUCAUGCCUGACGAAACUGCUACCCGCGAUUUUCUCUGGAUCGAGCUUCCUCACUGUUCUGGUGCUGCAAGACUCCGGCAUCUCCGAAGUGCCCGCGUCUAUCGGGAGCUUGUUCAACCUGCGCUACAUCAGCUUACGGUACACCCAGGUCAAAUCCCUCCCGGAAUCCGUCCAAAGGCUCGCGUACCUUGACACGCUGGACGUCAGGCAAACCAGAGUACAGAGGCUGCCACAGGGUGUCGGCAAGGCCAGGAAGCUACGCCACAUCUUGGCAGACGCUUGUUGUCCCGAUGGCAGCCAGCAGUCAGAAUUUCGAAGCUUCACUGCGUUGGAGCCCCCAAAAGCGCUGACGAGUUUUGGAGAGCUGCAAACCCUCGAGACUGUGCAGGCUAACAAGGACAUGGCGAUGAAGCUGGCGAAGAUGAUGCAGCUGAGAAGCGUAUCGAUCGACAACAUAAGCUCUGCCCUUUGCGGGGAGCUGUUUGCUUCCGUCUCAGAGCUGCAGUUCCUUACCAGCCUGCUUCUCUCUGCAACAGAUGAGCACGAGCCGCUCAGUUUCCAGAACCUCGUGCCGAAGUCAAGCUACCUAAGCAGGCUGACUGUGAGAGGAAGCUGGUUGGGGAAGACACUGGAUUACCCGGUUUUUAAGGAGCAUGGGCGGAAUCUCGCGUAUCUGUCGCUUAGCUGGUGUCUCGUUUUGGGAGAUCCACUCCAGUUCCUUGGGUCACACUGUCCACAUCUUCAGUACCUGUGCCUCCAUAGGGUGCAGAGCGCAAACUCCUUGGUUCUUCCGGAGAGAUGCUUUCGGGAGCUCAAGAAUCUCGUCUUGGAGCGCAUGCCUGAUGUCAGCCAGAUGAAGGUUGGAGAUGGCGCCCUUCAGUGCGUCCAAGCUAUCCACAUCACGGCGCUGCCCAACCUAGAUAAGGUACCUCAGGGCAUGGAAUCCCUUACCACUCUCAAGAAGCUAUCUCUGCUCGAUUUGCAUAACGACUUCAUAGUUGACUGGGAGAAGAAGGAAAUGAGCCGGAAGAUGCCUCUUGGUCUGGAGUUGCGCAUAUAGGUGCUGUUUCGAUUUGGUUUGCCGUGUGCCAUUUACUCAUUUGUUAUCAUAUCUUUUUUUUCUGAGUAAAUCCAUAUACAUUUGGUCUUGUUGGCAUUCUUGUAAUCCUGAGUUACCACUCAAACCCUUUCUUUGAAGGGGGGAUUUGCAUCGUUGCUGUCUGAUAAAAAUAUGAGUCAAUUCCUUGUAUGCCAUCGGAAAUUAUUUUCGGUUUGGUUUGCCGUUCCAUUUA